AUGCCUUCAUUCAAUGAUCAUCGCAUUAGAAAGUCCUAUCCUCGUAGCAGAGGUCUCAUCCGCGACAGAAACUUCCAACAGUCUCUGAAUAUCGACACCAGCCACCGCAUUAAUAAAUUCAAGGCUAAUAUCUUUGCUCACACGCACUUCUCACCGAACGAACCCAACCGACCAACCAGGAAACAGGAAGAGACAUGGCUUCACGUUGAGCAGAAAGACUCUGUUUCUUUUCUCAUGUCUUCUCUUCACUCUGCGGCUGACGACUGGGAGUGUAAGGACUGUAGCUGGCAGCUUCGUAACCUGGCAGCCAAGUUCUACACUCAAUUCCACUCAUACAACAAGGGGCUACCUACUUCUCAUCCUGUUGAACUGACUACUCCAGAACCUGUAUCUUAUCGACGACGUCGUCGUCGAGACUCAGACGCAACGUCAACGCGCUCUGCUUCCUCUGCAAGAAGCUCUGUUUCUUCUAACCUUGGAAGCGAUGUUGCGUAUCUCAGACGCUGCGCACUGACAAAAGACGUUGGACAGGACGGCCAAUCCUUCUACGGAGUGCAUCAGGCUCAUCUUGACCUCAGCCUCGGAGAGACUGUCAGCGUUCACAUGCGUCCAACUGACCAGAGGCGAAAACUCAACGAACUCGGGCCUGGAACCAUCAUCUCGGCUCCUUUCCAUAGCCAGAACCGCGACGACAAAGUAUCAACAACAAAGUAUCACACAGCAGUCUCUGGCUUCGGCCCCAUCUACUCCAAGUACCGCAAGAUGAUCACCAUCGAGAUUUGGGGAGACCAUGCCGUUUGCCUGCCCAUUUACAGUUACAACGGCAAAGGUCUUGAGAACCGUGGAGGCAUGGCAGACGAGUACAUGGAUAUUCGUGAUAUCGAUGACGAGGAGCCUGAAGAUGGUGAUACCCAUCGCAAACCGCUCAUGGCUAUCCGCAGUGAAGGGUGGCAUGGUAAGAACACCUUCAUCUGUGGCAGGUCAGUUGUCAAACUAACUGAGAAAACCACUCACCACGCGUUCGAAAAGUGCUCGAUCGAAGGAUCUCUCAAAAGAUCCGACUUUCAACGCAUGUACAAAGCCUAUCUUGGACUUCUGCAGUCAAAGGCGCUGGACGUCUUUGGCAAACCUGUCGAGGCUACCAUUAUACCAGACAAAACAUAA